AUGCAUUAGUCACCCGUUAUGUGAACAUCUGAUUAGAUUUAUGUCUGUGAUAUGAAUUAUUUUUGUAUAUUUGAGGAUGAUCUAAGCUUAGUUCACUAGAGAGGAUUGUGGAAAGUAUUUGAUGUUCAUAUCGAUGUUGUUGAACAAAUAUUCAACUUUUCUCUUUACCGCCGGGCUUUUAUGUCAAGCUUCGGCGUUCGUAACCCGCUUCAUGAUGGAGGAUAUGGGAGGUCCUCCAGUGAAAGGGGAGGUAACAAAAGAACCAACGAAGGGAAAGAGCGAUACCAUUGAAGACCAAGUGAAUUCUCAACCUGUGGAAGUUAAAGUUAUGCCGAUCAUGACUGACAGUUUUAUUCCAACCGAAGACCUGUUAGACAUGACACCUCUGAAAUUAGUUACAGUUAUCUCAGCCGAGCAUCUUCUGAAUGCAGUCAGGAACAUUCCUCUUGAAGGAAACUCGGCACAGGAUAUCCUGCACAUGUUCAGCGGAGUAGUGAAAGAGAUAAACAAGACUGCUGCUAUUAUCAAAUUGACAGCGGAAUAUGUGAAUAUCUCCAGCCACUACAUGAUGUCAGCUCUGGAACAGUUCAAUGAGUCCAACUGUGACCAAAGUACUUUUGAAGAAUCUGUGAAAUCUCUGAGGAAGAAGUUUUACAAAUCAAUUGUUGAACACAUUGCGAAGUCGGUGAAAGAGUUGUUUGAGAAGACCAAACAGAGGGAGAUUACUGGAAAUGAUAUGCUGAUAUCCUCAGCCUACCAUAUUGUAACUUCCUUCCAAGAAAUGACUAAUGAAGUAACAACACUCGCAAAAGAGGCCAAUAAAAAGUGCAACAGUUCCCCUAUAAGUCCUAAAAUAUCUCUUCCGAGUGAGAACAAUUUAAACACAACUCAAAAUAAGACUACAGAUGAGGAUAUUCCGACACAAGGAAACGUUCAUAGGUCAAUCAAAAAAGAUCAAGCAACAAAUAAGCCUGAAAAAUCGAUAAUAAUUCAUACAACAAUCAAGACCUUACGAUCGAGGUGUUUUCUCCUGAAGCCUUUGUUCAAAGUAAAGGCAUUGAUAAAAACUCUGUAACAGAGAAAGGUCCAGAAAAUAAGCCGAUCCAGUAUAUUAAAGUAGGCCUUGCGCAAGCACCUGUACUGAAACAAGUCCCACUACUCACGAUCUCCAGGAGUGAGGACAUAAAUGAAAAACCAGGUCAAGGUCAAGAAUCCAGCGUUAAAGCCAACCAAGAGGAAACUAAGAAACUUGAAAUUAUUGAUAAAGAACUUGCGUCAUCUGCUGUUGACAGUUUGAGCAAUGUACCUUGGGAGAGUUCUGAAAACGGUUUAGAUCAAAUGGUAGUAACAUCAAAUGUGGAAAAGUCACCACAAAAUCUAUGGAAUAUUCUCCAGCUCUUAACUCCUAACUAUAAGUCUACACCCGAGAAGGAGAUACAAGAAUGUGACGACCGUGUAGUACCAGUCUGUGGGAUAGAUGAUAGCAUUCAGAAAUUCAUAAUUUUUCUGAAUGAUUGCAAACUAGAUGCCUACAACAAACUGUAUGGGACAAACUAUAAGAGAAGCAGUAUGGAGACUUGUAUCAAUUUCUUUCUCCGCAAUCAGACACAGGGGACCUUGGUCAACAAAAAAAAUGAUGUUGAUCUGAGACCACGAUAAUAAUUUAUUAUUAAGUUUAUUUUGUUUUAACAAUAAAUCUUCAUUUUUAUACUCACAGUAGAUUCAUUUGUGUUUAACUAGAUUGAUUACUGUUCAUACUUUUGAAAAUCUUUUAGAUUUAGAAACAUUGGAAAUGGAUUGUUCUGAGUAUAAAUAAAAUAAACUAUAAAAGAGGA